UGGACUGGUUGCUUUUGGUUCGGUUGCGGUUGGUAAGAGAAGCAUAGAAGCAAAGCGAAUGCGCGUCCCAUUAUCGAAAUUAACUUUCAUGUCAAUGGUAUUUUAAUCUUAUUAUUAGCCAGAAAGUGCAGUUUACCAAAAACAGCGACUAAUUUACUCAUUACUUCGUUAAAAAUAUUUACAUUAAAUAUGUCUUUCGGCCAAUAUCUCGCAUUUACUUGUGCAGUCGUCGUUUCGGUUUUGCACACGGGUGCAUCCCUUGAAUGUUACACAUGUAACGCAACAUUUGUUACUGAAAGAGGAGACGAUGCCUGUAAGAAUCUUCAAACUGUAACGAAAUGCACGGAUCCGGCUGUUUGUCUUUCGGCUGUGUUAGUUAUUGAAGACGCUGCGGGGAAAAAGUACAACGAAAUAAAAUCGUGCAACAUACAGCAAGGCGGAAAAGAGUGCGAACUGUUCCUGAAGAACAUGCAAAACAUGUACCCUGCGACUAAAAUGUCCUUGUACAAAAACAAGUGUUCCGUGUGCGAUAAGGAAAAAUGCAACGAAAACUCCAAAGCUUCGACCGCCUUCGUUCCUUCGCUGUUAGCCUUCGCCGUCUCCUUCGUUUUGUACAAAUUAAUCUAAAUAAUAGUUCAAUAAAAAUAAUUAUAAGGUGUUA